AUGUCGCUUAUUGUGUUAUCUAGGUGUAUUUUUACAAGAAAAAUGGCCAAAGCUAGAAGGGCUAGACGCAGGGUUUCUGCUCGACGGAUCAGAGCAAGGCCAUACAAGUUCACAUCGUCAAAGCGAGUUUUAGGGAGGAGCGUGUUUGCAAGCAACUGUCCAAAGGUGAUGGAGAAGAAUGAGUGGGAGGAUGCUGUGUGUUCGGUCUGUAUGGAGUGUCCUCACAAUGCUGUUCUUCUCCUCUGUUCAUCUCAUGAUAAGGGUUGUCGUCCUUAUAUGUGUGGAACUAGCUUCCGAUACUCCAAUUGCUUAGAUCAGUACAAGAAGGCGUCGGCUAAACUCAUGCCAUCGCAUCAGCAACCGAUUGAUAGUAAGUCUGAGCUUUCCAAUCUAAAGUGCCCGCUUUGUAGGGGCCAGGUCAAAGGUUGGACAAUUGUGCAGCCUGCAAGAGACGAUCUGAAUCUAAAGAGGAGAAGCUGUAUGCAGGAGACUUGCUCUUUUGCUGGAACCUUCAAGGAGCUGAGGAAACACAUGAAAAAAGACCACCCUUGUGCUCAGCCGCGUGAAGUGGAUCCUGACGUUGAGCAGAAAUGGAGGAGGUUCGAGGUUGAGCAGGAGCGUAACGAUGCUUUUGGGGCAUCAGGAAACAACAACACAAGGCGCUCUGAUACAACAACUGGUCUUGCAUCUGACACAUCCCAUGAGCUAGCAUCGGAUGCAAAUGAGUUAGUGAUCAACCAGAGCGAUGUGGAAUCCUCUGGACCGGAGGAGGAUGGGGCUAUGUCGUUGGCAAACCGGAUCAGGAGCCAAAGAAGGGUUCUCCUGGGAAGAUCAGUUAGUAGGAGACGUAGAGAUAGAGAAGCUAACCAGAACUCAGACCAUCCUAGAUGA